AUGGUAACAUUCUGUUUUGGUGGUUCACCAGAUCCUUCACCAGAUCCAUCACCAGAUCCUUCACCUGAUCCGUCACCUGAUCCUUCACCGGAACCUUCACCUGAUCCGUCACCUGAUCCUUCACCAGAUCCUUCACCUGAUCCUUCACCGGAUCCGUCACCAGAUCCAUCAUCUAAUCCUUUGCCUGAUCCUUCACCGGAACCUUCACCAGAUCCUUCACCUGAUCCGUCACCAGAACCUUCACCAGAUCCAUCACCAGAUCCUUCACCUGAUCCAUCACCGGAUCCUUCAACAGCAAGCGCUGGUAUUUUUGAUGUAUCACUAUCUUGUCGGGAUUCAAUUGGCUUUGUUGCUGCAAAAUUAAUACAUAUAAUAACUAUGCUGAUGUAA